GUCGACCAGCACGCCCUAGUCUGCCAAGACCUGCGUCGGUGAUCGGUCGUGACUUUUUCCGUGCGACGUGAUAAACCUUUGUGAACACAACGGAAUAUUUGGAGCAUUGCGGCACCUCUUUUUAUGCUGAGCCAUGGAUGUCAACUGGAUAACACGAUGAGCUUGACGUGGAAGACACGUGGCGACGUGGGAGGUGGUGACUGGCGACGCUCUGGCCUAACUAGAACCCGGAACGCUUCACCGAACCAAGUGAACCGGAACGGGCUGCCAGCGGGGAGCCUGAUGUUCCGAAUGACCGGUUUGCCGACGAAAAAGAAGGCGUGGGGUAACAAUGACGCUUCUUCCAGAGCUGUGUUGGAAAGGUGCAUCCAAGGAUGUCUUUCUUCCGUACGCACGGUUGCGAAAACAUGGCGCAGCGCAGGCACAUACGACUCGUAGGACAAAAUACCAUA